AACACUGAUUGUUAUAGUUGCGUAAGCAAGAGCAACUCGCUUUGAACGAUCGCUACUCAUUGCAGGGCGUCAAGUUUUGCUGCGUUCAUUUAGUGUCCGAAAUGGACCCAGAACACAAGAGAAAGCUGAAGGACCCUGACAUAAUCGCUCGUCUUGUGCCCAUAAUCGACUUCAAUGUCCUCGCUCCGCGGUUAGUGAACAAAAGGGUUCUUACAAUCCCCAUGGUCGAAGACAUACUGGAAAACUCGGAGGACGAGCGGACGUUCCGGCUCCUGCAGAGACUGCCGAAGCGAGGCCCCCUUGCUUACGAGCGAACUCUGGAGGCACUCAAAGAAACCGGCAUGAUGAAAGCCUUUGAGGUUCUGACUGGGCAGGCUCCACAGCGCAGAGAAGGGCCUCUGCAAAGCCACGGCGAGGCCAUUCUCGGUGCUGCUGUUCGCAACGGCAACGGUACUGCCGGCGAACACGGGGAUGCCGAGCUGAAGGUGCGCCGGGCAGAGGAGUGGAAGGACGGCGACGACGUAUACAGGAUGAUGCGGAGACCACGCGGAACGUGCGUCAUCAUCAACAACCGCGACUUCCACAACAAUGUCCUGGCCCAACGGAGAGGGUCGGAACUAGACGUGCAGCGCAUGCGCAUGCUGUUCCAGGAGCUCGACUUCGUCUGUAUCAUUCGCCUCAACCAGACAAAAGAGGAAAUGACAUCGCUGCUGUCUCACGUGGCGAGCCAGCAGCGCCGUAACGUGGACUGCCUGGUGGUGAUCCUCAUGUCGCACGGCAGCGCCGCGGACAUCAUCUACGACGUGAAUGCAGACUGCGUGAAUACUGAAGAGCUGAUAGCCCUGUUCAACAACGACAACUGUCCGGCCCUUCAGGACAAGCCCAAGCUCUUCUUCAUCCAGGCCUGCAGAGGAGAUAAGCACGACGGCGGCACCAGUUGCGUGAUGGACACGGCCGAUGCCGCCAGCCUUUCUGCAGACAUGGCGUCCGUCAAACUCUGCGCCUCAAGGAGGAACGAGCGAGCGCCCACCGUGUCGGACAUGUUUGUGGCAUACCCGACCAUCAAGGGCCACGUGUCACUCAAGAACGAGGUGUCGGGCUCGUGGUUCUUGUCCACGGUGUUCCUCGUCUUCUCCGAGCACGCCUGGAACGCGCACCUGGACAAGAUGAUGCGGCGGGUGGCAGAUGAGGUGCACAAGCGGGUGUCGCACGACGGCGGCCGCCAGACCAUCAACAUUGACGUGCGAGGCUGGCGCAAGAAGCUCUACUUCAACCCCGGCCUGGCACUCGAGCAGAUGGCCUCUUGACCCCCUGCUGGGCCGCGGGUGGGUUCGUGCGCGUGGGCAGCGUUCUGCGGCAGUGCGAUGGAAGGUCCUGUUCACGUGGGAGCGUUUGUGUAUGUUUUCUUGCAUUGCGUUACGACUCUGGGACAUUCCUGCUUCGUAUGCCACGUGCAAAGCUACCUUCUGAACUGGCUGACACGCUUCAUAUGAGGCACCAAUGUCUUGGUGACUGUACAGUGUGAACAAGUCUGAAGCAUUGAAAGGCUUAUACCCUGUUCAUCCCAAAGCUGACAGUGCAAUGGACGCUUGUUGGACCAGUCAUACGUACAUGAUUUCACCGUGUGAUCACGCUCCACCCAUAAGCCGCACGCGGAGAGAGCAAGUGAGGUGACGAAAGGGAAGCAGUGAAUUGGUGCGGCAAGCACGUAGCUUCCACUACACUGUCAGCUUAGGGAUGUACGAAGCACUCUCACAUCUUAGGGGCUGGUCAGUGCUGUGUCCGUGUGCCUUUUCCUUCUUCACUGCCGACUGAAGUUGCCACGCAGCAUAGCCCGUCUGCAGUUGUGCGGGUCCUUUUUGGAAGAAGUGUGGAUGAGCCAUUUCUAGCCUAAACCUUACAGUGCCCAGGGAGGCACUGAAGGAGUGCCAACUAUUCAAGUACUUACCCGAAGGCGCUCGUAGCGUUUGAAAAAAUUAUUUUAUAUUUCUUAAGUAUUUAAACAUUUUCUUAAUAGGGCUGGGUGUUGAUUCGAAGGCAUAAUAUGAUUGUCACAUUCUUUAGUUGCUUUGUUUGAUUAUUAAAUUGGACUAGUAUGUAGAACUCGAAAUGAUUCUCUUUUGUUUGAUACUAUAUAUGCCAUAAGUGACGUAAUGCAUGGUCCCAUUUUACACCUGAUGUGCCACCCACAGAAACACUAAACUUAAAAAAAAACAUUAAAAAUUAAAUACUUCUUAUAUUUCGACAGCAGCAUAAAAUAAGAGGUAGUUCGAAUCAAAUAGUGCUGUGUCAUUUCGCUUUAACAUUGUUAAGAAAACUGGAUUGUUAAAGGACACAUGCAAAGGAAAAAAAACAUUUUUUUAAACAGCUUAGAUGGAUAAAGGAUGUUAUAAAACAAUAUUACAACGAAGAAAAAAAUUUUAGAGCUAUAUUUACGGCGCUAUACGAAUUUGUAGUUGGCGCCCGCCGGCGCCGUGGAAAAGUGGCCCUUAUUUAUCACGUGGUGCUUGCAUUCUUUCGGAAGCUUCGUAUGGCGUCUAAAAGUAACUUAUUCAUCUUUGUUUGAAGUAUAACAAAAGUGAAAGCCGUUUACAACUCCCUGUAACACCGAAUUAGAGCGCAGCUCUUGAGGAGGAGGAGGGAAGGGUACUGGGGGGGGGGGGGUGAAGUGGCCUGGGGGUCACGUGACGAUGCCGAUGAUGUCAUCAGUGACGAUGAGGACUCCGAUGACGUCAUCAGCGAUGAUGACGAUGCGGAUGUCAGUGACGUGACUGAUGACGUCAUCCGUGAUGAUGACGAUGUGGAUGCCGGUGACGUCAUCAGUGACGAUGCGGAUGCCGGUGAGGUCAUCAUUGACGUCACUGAUGACGUCAUCAGUGAUGAUGACGAUGCGGAUGCCGGUGACGUCAUCAGUGACGAUGACGUCAUCGGGGAGGUCACGUGACCUCGGCGGGGGGUCACGCGACCCUGGGGGUGGUCACGUGACCUCGGGGGGGGGGGGGGGGGUGUCACGUGACUUCAAGGGUCACGUGACUUCGGGGGUCACGUGACCCUGGGGGAGGGGUCACGUGACCUUGGGGUCAUGUGACCUUGGGAUGACCUUGGGGUCGCGUGACCUUGGUCACGCCGACGGCGACGCCGACCAAGCCGGGAACGGGCCCCUAAGAGCUGCGCUCUAAAAAACCAAUUAAUAGGUAACUUUUAGAGCCCAAAGGAAACUCCUGAAAAAGCGCAAGCAGACGUGAUAGACCUGUGCGCCGGUCAGACGACGGCGACGGCGCCCCGAAGCAGACGAACUUGUGCGGUGACGGCGGCGUGGAGAAACGCGUUGAAGCGGCGUUCGCACGACGCUCGGCGUGCGGCGGCAGCGUGACUUUGCGGGAGCAACGACGCAGCGCGGCAACGCGCGGGCCUACCACGUGACCAGCGGCGGCUCCCGCGGCGCCAACUGCAAAUUCGUAUUGCGCCGAAAAUAUAGCUCUAAAAUUUUUUUUUCUUCGUUGUAAAAUCGUUUUGCGACAUCUUUUUUCCAUCUAAGCUGUUAAAAAAAAAUGUUUUUUUCCUUUGCAUGUGUCCUUUAAGAAAACUGAUUGCCAUGGCUUUCCUCUCCUUUGUGAAGGCCCGUUUACACUCUUGCAACCUCUUAGAACAAGGUGCCUUGAAACUUCUUACAACCAGAGGACACACUGGCGCCAUCCAUUGGGUAGCAGUGUAAACUUGGCGGUCCGGCAUAUUUUCUAUUUCUCUCGCGCAUUAUCCUUUCCUUCUUGGCUCGAAAAACUUUAGUCAACGUCAUAAAUGAGCCUUUCUUAUAUAGGUAUUUCGCAUAUUUAACCUCGGAAAUCCCGCAAAACCUUCGCUCUUGUGAAAUGCAGUUCCAGGGUCACUGCAUAGAUGGCGCUAGAAUGCCAGUGUGUUCCCUCGUUCUAAGAAAUUUCAAGAAGUUUUAACAGAUCUCGUCUCUCUCGGUCGUACUCUGUUGCGAGACUGUGAACGGGCCUUUAAGGUUACGAAUGAUGCAGUGCUAUUUAAUGCAAAUUAAUUUUUGCACACCCCUGCAUAAAAUGCUAUAAUCUUUAUUUUUUAUCUGUUGGCAAAGAGCAUUUGGCCUAAAGAGUUGUACAUUUUAAGUAAAUUAAAACAUGAGAAAGCAAAACAAGUUAUGCACAUAAAUUUUGUCCAGUUUUUGUUGGAAAGUAAUUGCAUCACUAAAAAACAUCUACAGAUUUUUCUAGCUUGUUGAAUUUAAGUUUCAUUCUUUUUUGUGGCGACAUUGUAUAUGUUAAUUGGCUGAAAUUGACUGAACUGCAGGGCGAUUUUUUGUGAAAGAUAGUAGUGCCGCACCCUCAAAUGAAUAAAUGUGCAAUAAAUAGUAAGCAAUAAUAAAGCAGGAAUUUUUGCUCUCUCAUUUCUCACCUGACUUCUCUAAACCAAUUAGCUGGUUAAAAAAAAAAUCUCGAUGGUUAUUAAAACAUUAGUUGCUUAUAUUAAAAUUUUAUUGUGUCAAUUGCCCAGCCCUAUUAAUAAAGAAAAGGCACAGUUACACUCGAAAUCUUGCUGCACAGAUAUGAGGAAGUUAGAUGAUCAGAGACUUUACGUAACUCUUUUAAAGAGACCAUGAAGACGAUUUUGAACUCUUUUUUUUAGAAAAGGGUGUCUUCCGGCUCUCUAAGGACCUGGAAAUGUUCUCAAUCUUUUUAUACAGUUCUAUGAAGCUUAUUGUUUCGUAUAAAAUAAAUCAACAAAACCAAAACUGA